CUUCUUUCUCUCGUUCUCUCUGCUGCUCUCUCUCUCUCUCUCUCCCUCUCUCCCUCUCUCCCCUCCCUCAUACACAGUUGCUGGACAGAUAGUGUUUCAGCUUCUCCUGAAGUAUAAGUUGUUACGUUUGCGAGGGCUUCCAAAUAUAGUUCAUGCAGAUUAGGCUUCCCAGAGUGCUCUGCUCUGUGAAGAGGUGGUUUCUGGGAACUAGGGGCAUUCUGUGUUGGCAGGAGCUGGAGUGAGGAGAAGGCGGCAGCGGUGGAGUGACAGGGGUCUCUUCAUUCCAGACCAGAGUCACUGGUGGCAGCAGUAUCGUCACCCAAACCCACCGCGCCGCUUUUCCAGCCCGCAACACUGUAGUGGCAGCGAGGCAGCUCGCCGCUGUCCAGCAACCAACAAGUGGCCGAGCGCACUGUCCCUGAGGAAGCCCCUCAGAAUCGGCCGCCUCACGAAAAAGAAUCCGAGAUGGCGAGCACGGGUGGCGGCAAGACCGAAUUCAUAGUCGGAGGGAACUACAAACUGCUGAGAAAGAUCGGGUGUGGCGCCUUUGGCGAAAUUUAUCUGGCAGUUAACCUCAGCAACGGCAAGCAGUUGGCCGUGAAGCUAGAGUUACAGAAGGCCAAGCACCCCAUGCUGCUGCACGAGAGCAUGCUCUAUACGAUUCUUCGGGGUGGCGUCGGCGUCCCCCGCAUACAGUGGUUCGGGCAGGAAAACGAGUACAAUGUGCUGGUCAUGGAUCUUCUGGGACCUAGCCUCGAAGAGCUCUUCAACUUUUGUUCCAGAAGGUUCUCCAUGAAAACUAUCCUGAUGUUGGCUGACCAGAUGAUCAGCAGAAUUGAGCAUGUGCAUAUGAAUGAUUUCGUACACAGAGACAUUAAGCCGGAAAACUUCCUCAUGGGCACUGGAUGUUACUGUCGAAAGUGCUUGGAAUCUCCACCGGGAAAGAGGAAAAGAAACAGGCUUCAGGGCUCAGCUGCCUCGUCACGAGAACAGUUAUACCUUAUUGAUUUUGGCUUGGCCAAAAAGUACAGAGACAGCGAUACAAAUGAACACAUUCCGUACAGAACGGACAAGAACUUCGCUGGCACCGCCCGAUACGCUAGCAUCAACGCACAGUGUGGCAUCGAGCAGAGCCGCCGAGAUGACCUGGAGGCCUUAGGCUACAUUCUGAUAUACUUUAAUAGAGGCAGCCUGCCGUGGCAAGGCGUAAAGGCUAUGGCAAGGAAACAAGGCCUUAAAAUGACUUGCGAAAAGAAGAUGGCCACGCCUGUUGAAGUUCUGUGUGAGGGCUUUCCUCAAGAGUUUGCCACCUACUUAAACUACUGCCGUGGGCUGCAGUUCGACGAGACACCCGAUUACACCUAUCUGAGGCAGCUAUUCCGCAACCUUUUCCAAAACCUGAACCACGAGUACGACAACACCUUUGAUUGGACAGUGUUAACGGAGGAAGAGGAGGAGGAGGAAGCAUCUUCCAAGAGGCAGGGGCAGUAGACCCAAACCCCCGCAGGCAAGCAACCUGUCCAAACCAAGAGUAACGAAGAAAAAGUUUCUAAGCAUGAAUUGUGCAGCAGAAGUAGAGCCGAUGAUCAGACCAGCAUUUGUUUCUCCCCUAUUCUAGAAAUUCUAGUUCACAUGUACACUAGCCAGUGGGUAUGUUGUGUAAAUCGCUUAAUUUCAUUAUAAACUGGUCCUGGGCCAUAUUGGUGAUGCUGCAUGCAUCCUAAGUUGUAGCCACUGUAAUUGUGAAUAUUAACUGAGAUAGUGAAACAUAGUGUCUGGUUUUCUAUUGCAUUUGCUCAAGUGGAAACAUUUACUAGAUGAUUGAUACACAUUGGCAGAGAAACUGUGCAUAUGCCAGGUUUUUUGUUGUUGUUGUUAAGAUCUUUUAUUUUAAACUAUAGUGCUUUGAAAUCUUAUUUUCAGAAAAAUGGCAUGAACAGUAUUCAGACACAGUUGUAAUGACCGUAAAUUCUCACAACUGUGGAUUCUCAGGGUUUUUCUACCCCUAAGGGUUGCAAGUUAUUCACUUAAAAGGUUCUUGUUUUUUUUGUUUGUUUGUUUGUUUGUUUGUUUUUUGACAGGCAGAGUGGACAGUGAGAGAGAGAGACAGAGAGAAAGGUCUUCCUUUUGCCGUUGGUUCACCCUCCAAUGGCCACCUCGGCCAGCGCGCUGUGGCUGGUGCACCACACUGAUCCGAUGGCAGGAGCCAGGUGCUUCUCCUGGUCUCCCAUGGGGUGCAGGGCCCAAGCACUUGGGCCAUCCUCCACUGCCUUCCCGGGCCACAGCAGAGAGCUGGCCUGGAAGAGGGGCAACCGGGACAGAAUCCGGUGCCCCGACCGGGACUAGACCCUGGUGUGCCGGCGCUGCAAGGCGGAGGAUUAGUCUAGUGAGCCGCGGCGCCAGCCCACUUAAAAGAUUCUAAGACAGUUGGCUUUUGUUUUGUUAAAUAUUUAUUUAUUCAUUUGAAAAACUUACAGAAAGAGAGAGAGAGAGAGAAAAAGAGAGGGAGGGAGAGAGAGGGAGAUCUUCCAUCCGCUGGUUCACUCCCCAGAUGGCUAUAAUGGCCAGCACCGGGCCAGGUAGAAACCAGGAGCCAGGAACUUCAUCCAGGUCUCCCAUGUAGGUGGCAGGGGCCCAAGGACUUUUUCCAGGUCAUUAACAGGAAACUGGAGCAGCUGGGACGCAAACCAGCACCUUUAUAGGAUGCCAGCAUCACAAGUGGUGGCUUUUACCUGCUAUGCCACAAUGCUGGCUCCAGAUUCAAGUGUUUGAGCAGAUGAAAGACUUUGCCUGCUUACCUGUGUUAGAAAUAACAUCCAUCUAUUUACACUUGAUUAUUGUUUAUAAUCCUUGCCUAUAGUACAACUUAACUAGGAUCUUUUCACUUUUACUUGUUGAUCUCUUCUUUUAGUGGAGCAUUAAGUCCUUGACUAUAAUAUUAAUUUAAAAUGUUAUCUCAGAAAUUAAGAAAGAAAGGGAGAGGAAGGUAGGGAGGUAGUAUAUUAUAUUAUUAGCAUUAUAUUAUUAGGAUUGUAUCUAUAAACCACAUGGAAUUUGUUACCUUUGUUUAGUAUUACAUUAACAUGAAAAACGUGUCAGAUAAAAAAAACCUUAGUGAUUAUCAGAUAACCAUUAGGAUUCUGCAUUAACUCGAUAAUUUUUUUGGUGUUUUAAAAAAAGCUUAUUUGUCACAGAAAUGUAGUUAAUGUUUUACAACUGACCAUGUAUAUAUGUUGCUUAAAUAAAUA